AUGGAUAAGAUACCAUUGAUUGACGAGGAAGCGGGAACAAGUAUGGACAAGGACAUUCAGGAUCUGUUGAAUGGAAAGUAGGUUGUUUGUGGAAGGUUUUUUGGCGGGGUGUAUAUAUAAUAAUUAAUUUAGUUUGGGAAAGGUUUGAGGAUAUUUUUUUUAAAAUUGGGGUGGAUUUGGAAAGAAAGUUUUGGGGAAGAUGAAAAUUUGUUUUUUUAACUGGAUAGAAACUUAUUACUGUUUUUUGUUUUGUAAAGAAAGUUCUUGCCAUUUUCUGUUUUGUAAAGAACGUUUUUGCCAUUUUUAAUUCUGUAAAGAAAGUUAUUGCGUUUUUGCAAAAUUUUUAAUUUUUGAAAUUUCAAAAAAAAUUUUAUGUUUGUUUUACUAAAAUUUAAUUUCUUCCAGCUUAAACAUUCCAAAACACCUCAGGCCUAACCAAUCCUUUGACCAGAACAACUCUCAGAACCCUGCAGCUCCAUCCCCAGCACCAAGUGAUAUGAGCACGGUCAGUUCUGUUCUGGAACAACGUGCCGCUGACAUUGAAAAGCAACAAGCCCUACGACAGGCUAAACUGCACGCAAUGCACAAGGAAAGCAUGGAAGCGGCCGAUUUGGUCAAGCUUUACGAUCGCUAUUCGAAUUCACCCAUUCCUACGCAGUAA